AUGAAUAGGAUUUCAAUACCAUUUGGAGUGCGCCAUGCGCUCGGUACGACCUUUCAAACUAGCUCUACUUCAGAGCCAGACACGGAUUAUGUAUUCGCCGUGGGCGCCUACAAUGAAGCCGAUGGUGAGGACGGUGAACCAGUACUUCUGUCGGCUCGAACACUACCGAGUGACGGUACACCAGCCUUUUCCCUAUGGCCACCGAUUGCCGUCAGGGCACAAUCGCCGAGCCCUGGCAUUGUUACAGUGUCCUGGGAGGAUCCCAAUCCGGAACAGGAUAUGGAAAAUGAGAUCGAUGGCACUCAAAGACACUACCUCAUACAGUACGGUAUCUACCAAUCGGAACAGUUGUCCAAGAUGCGUUCAAAUUCACGAAGCGUUAAGCUGACCGGUCUACUGCCAGGAAAAGAGUACGAGAUCGCUGUGAAAGUGGUCGGUGAUGAUGGACGUGAAAGUCCAUGGAGCAUUCGCGAUAUUGUCCUCACCCCACCAGAUCCCUCCAAAGAAGUUUCGCGAUACGACUGGGAAUGCGACUUCGAAAAGGACCUGUGUGGCAUGCGGAAUGGUGAUGGUGUUCACUGGAUACGAAGCGGUGGCACACCGACUGCUGAAAGCGGUAACUAUUCAGUUGUAGAUGCUUUCAUUCGGUAG